AUGCCUCUCUUCUCAAGUGGAAACACGCCGGUGGUGCCACCUACACCAACGUCUUUGGCGGCAGCCAAGGAUGCGCCGCAGGGCCCGCGUGACUUUAGCCGUGCCGCCGCACUGACGUACCGCACGGCGCCGCACCCGAGCGACUCGACCGACGGCGUCUUCGAGGCGCUACUCAUGCUGGCAGCGGACCGGUUGGAUCCCAAUGGUGAAGCGAUGAAAGAGAACAGCAGUAGCGGUGCGUCUCGCUCCAAGAAGGGCAGCUGGCUCGGGCGUGCGUGGAGACACAUAAUGGACUAUGCCACCAACAACCUCCUGAAGAUGCGCCAGGCCGACUUCCUCAACGCCUUCUCCCGCCAGCUUGAGGUGAACUCGGCGGAGGAGUCGAGCACCGUGAUGGUAAGCUGUCAGUGCUUUAUAGUUAGCGGCGGCAAGCUGCAUUUCGGCUCCCUUUUUGCCACAAACUGCGGCUUGUAUUUUUGCUCCUGCGCACCAGAGGCCGCGCCGGCGGCCGCCGCGGCUGCGGAAUCGGAUGCCGGCGCGACCAGCUCCGCAGAUCAUAGAGGUGCCGAUGAUGAGGUUGAGUACAUAAAGGAGCGUAUUCUCUUCACAGACGUGGCAUCCCUUCUACCCUCCAUCUUCCUGGAGCAGGAUGGAACGGCCACACCCUUCAUCCAGGGCAUCCCAAACGGCGUUGUGGCCCCGACGGCCCUGCAGGUGUUCACGGUGCAGCUCAGCACGGUGUUGCAGUUCUUAAAUCUUCACAACGUUGCCGUGAAGCGGCCAAAAAGGUCAGCCGCGGAGGCCGAGAAGAACGGCGCUGGCGCGGUGCAAGAAGCACCCUGCAUUGACGUUGUGCAAAAGCACGAGUUCAAUCUUGUCUGCGAGUUACCCCCCAGCCUCGACACGCUCAAGUUUUGUGCGCUGUUGUGGCGCCUGUGGGCUCAGCGCCUCCACGACCUUGGCCGCCCGCUCGAGCACCCCGCCGUCCACUACGCGGAGCCGCACUGA